AUGAGAUUAACUCAUGUAGGCGCCCUGAUUGGAGCAUGGGCAAGCUAUGUGGCCGCAGAAACGCUGGUCACUCGCGAGAUGGUAGCCAAUCUCCCGGUCGGUUGGAAGUUUGAGAAGCCAGCGAAGGCAGAAGAACCGAUACAGUUGUCAAUCGCACUCAAGCAGCCCAGAAUCAACGAACUAAAAACCCGCCUCAGUCGUAUCAGCGAUCCGCGACAUGCUGAAUACGGACACCAUCUCGCGAGGGAUGAGGUGAAAGCUUACCAAGCACCCGACCGAAAGACAUUGGAUUUGGUCCACUCAUGGCUCAGGUCGAACAGAAUCACAAAUAUAACCAACGAAGGCUCAAUGGUGAAAUUCACUUCGACUGCUGCGGAAGUUAAUAGGAUCCUUGGCACCAACCUAGGACAUUACUCUUUCCAGGACUCUUUAUCAUUCAUGCGUGCUCAAUCAUAUGCACUGCCUCGAAUACUUGACGGAAAUGUCGAGUUUAUAUAUCCCAUCUCCAACUUCAUGCCGCCACCUCAAUCUAGGCUUAAGCACCGCCCUUCUCGAAAAGCAGCCUUCAAGGUGAGCGAUGACGACCAGCCUUGCUUAUCGGGCGUCACUCCAGCGUGUCUCAAGAAGCUCUAUAAUGUGAUAUAUGCCGACACUAAAACGCCUAUAGAGUCACCUGUCCGAUUCGGAAUAGCUGGCUUCCUUGAGCAGUGGAUCAAAUACGACGAUGUUUCCGCAUUCCUUGGAAGGUAUUCACCGGAACUCGCACCACUGAAUUAUAACUUCACUGUUAUCACGCUAAAUAAUGGCACAAACCCUCAGCCUAAUGCACCAGAAUCGAGAGCGGGGUUAGAGGCUAGUUUGGAUGUAGAGUACGCUAUGGCCCUUGCCUAUCCGGCGAAUGUGAUCUACUAUUCAACAGGAGGGCGUGGCGAGAAGAUUGAUCGCGAGGGGGGGUUGAUGCCAUCAAACAGGAGCGAUAAUGAGCCAUACCUCGAGUUCUUCCAGUACCUUCUUGACCUUAAGGACGAAGAAAUACCCCACGUUAUGAGUAUCUCAUACGCCGACGAUGAGCAGUCGGUGCCAGCUCCAUAUGCUACUCGCGUGUGUGACCUUCUUGCUCUUGUUGCAGCUCGCGGUAUUACAGUCCUCUCCGGCUCCGGCGAUGGCGGCGCUGGCGGCAUAGGGCAGAACCAGUGUUAUAGUAAUGAUGGUCGAAGGCGUAAGAUAUUCCUUCCCACGUUCCCAGCCAGCUGCCCGUACGUUACGGCUGUAGGCGCGACAGGAAACACUUUACCUUUAGAGGGAGCCGACUUUAGCACAGGCGGCUUCAGCAACUACUUCGCUAGGCCGGAGUGGCAAAAAGGCGUCGUGGACGAGUAUAUAUCUACCCUCAGCGGAUCUCAUAGAGGCUUAUAUAACGCAUCCGGACGGGCAUUCCCUGAUAUCAGUGCAACUGGUACGAACUACGUCAUCCAAGUAGGCGGCUACCAGACCGAUGUACUUGGGACGAGUGCUAGCACACCAGUCGUAGCCGCUUUAGUGGCGCUGAUCAAUGAUUCGAGGUUGAAGGCGGGGAAGAAUAGCACAGGAUGGCUUAAUCCAGCGCUGUAUUCGCAGCCUGUUAGGGAAGCGCUGCAAGACAUCACGACGGGUGUCAGCCAGAACUGUGUGUUUGGAGACGAUAAAGAGCCUGGGUGGGAGAGUGUAAAGGGCUACGACUGCGUAACUGGCCUCGGCUCCUUUUAUAAGCAAUCCUCGCGCGAUGACUCCUUUAUGCGCUUCUUAGAACACAAUCCCUUCGAAUUCGCGACUGGCCUUGGGCAUUCUGUCACACCUACUUCUUCGGAAUUGCUCCAAGACGUCGCCAACUCGCUGGGGAAAGCCAAAAAGGUUGUUAUAAUCACAGGUGCUGGAAUAAGUACCAACUCCGGUAUCCCAGACUUCCGCUCAGAAAAUGGGCUUUAUUCACUCAUCCAGGCCCAGUUUGAACGGGCGGAGGCCGGCCAUAGUAAAGAUAGCGAUGGUCAGGCUGUUGAUUUCGCUAUAAGCCAACGUCCGACCAAAAGAAGAAGAAUAUCACAUACGACUGAAAGGAUAACAGACCAACAUAAACACAGGAAAGCGGCAGACGGCUCGGAUAGUCAGAAAACCCAGGAUAGGGCGAAUACGUUAGUCAGCAGCACUGAUGAGGAUACAGUAACCUUUGUUCAGUCUACGAGAGAGGCCUCUGUAAAACAAGAAGUAGUAGCUUCUGAAAUAUCGUUGCAGCGACUUACUAGGUCGCAGUCAGGACUGCGGCCACCAUUACCUCGACACGCCUCGCAAUAUUCCGUGCAAUCUUCUACAUCCCAAGAGUCAUUAUUCUCAGGCUCCCGACUUUCAAGAACCUCAGCUAUUCUGGGCAAAGUAUUUAGCUCGUCACCCCUCUCUUCGCCACCGCCUGUUUUAUUCGACCCCUACGAAAAUGCGAACUCAUCUACAGAGGGUAGUUCACGCGAGAGUGCAGAAAGUUCCGAGGCAUCCGACCUAGAAGACACACAAAAUUCCUUUGAUCUCCUAUCUUCGCAGACCUCUAAUUCGAGCCUACGUAAUAUGAAAGGACGAGAUCUAUUCGACUGUAAUAUAUGGGCAGAUCCACUGAAGACAUCUGUAAAGGAAGUUGAACCAACCACCACUCACCGCUUUAUCGCACAACUACGUGAUAACAUCGACGAAAUCGAGAAGAAGAUUGGUCUUUCUACGGACUUGAAGAGUGGUGCAGGCAAUAAAAGGAGGAAAUCUGCUAAACAACAACUGGCAGAUUGGGGAAAGGAUUCGAAAGAAAAUUCGGAAGCAUCAAAGGAUGAAGACGACCCUAAUGUGGAUGUUGGACAAGCAUCACAAGGCUCUGAGACUUCCGGGCGAAACAUUACCCGUUCAAUUUUAGCUCAAGACAAGGGUGUUGAAUGCGUGUUUCUUCAUGGCUCUCUACAUGCCCUUCGCUGCUUUGUUUGCGGGAAACUAUGUGAUUGGGAUGAGGAUGGACGGGAAUCUCGUACGAUGUCGGGCGAACAGCCCGAAUGUCCCCACUGCGCGGGAGCAACUGCCGCGCGCCAGGAAAGGGGGAAGAGAGCCUUAGGUAUCGGCAAGCUUAGGCCAGAUAUUGUCCUCUAUGGAGAAGAGCAUCCGCAGUCCGAUCUCAUAUCUCCCAUAGUUCAGCACGACCUUUCCGUCGGACCAGACCUCCUCCUAAUAUUAGGAACUAGUCUUAAGGUCCACGGUCUGAAGGUGAUGGUCAAGGAAUUUGCUAAAGCUGUGCAUAAUAAAGGAGGCAAGGUCAUAUUUAUUAACCUGACGAGGCCGUCCGAUAGUGCUUGGGGCGACAUUAUAGAUUACUGGAUUGAGUGGGAUUGUGAUGCUUGGGUUGACGAUUUGAAAGAUAGGAAGCCACACCUUUGGCUGUCUCCUGAUGAGAUUUUACAAAUCGAAAAGCAAAGGCGCGAGGCUUUAGCCGAGAAGAAGAGGGAGACUAUGUCUAAGCGGGAAAGCCUGGGUGAGAAGAGGCGACACACGAUCGAAUUUGCCAAACCUCGGCCGCCGCCUAAAAAUCCGUCUUCUAUGAGAAACGAUUACCAAUGUGGAGCAUACGUAGUUUGGGAGAUAUUCCAAACCCUAGCCAAGAUUGGUGACCGUCCUUUUGAUAAUCUCGGAUACGCACUCCCUUGUCGAGCUUCGCCGGCUGUCCCACCUCCUAUUUCCAGUCACCCUACUCCGAUAUCUCAGACUAUCAUCCCGACUACCAAAUCAAAGAAACCAAGGAAAUCAGCGCCGGCCGCCCUCGUCUCUUCAGCUAAUACAAGGAUGGAUCCAGAGAUCAAAUUUGGACCUGCUAACAAAGGUACGUUCUUAGCUAAUUGCAAUAGCCGGAGACAAUAUGAAAAGGCUGCUCAAGAGCUCGCACGCUCUGGUAAAUCUCCGACCCCGAUUAGGUUGGCAGAAUUAAACCGCAGCGCAACGCCUCUUUCGUAUGAGCCGCCCAGUUCCAUCACUGCCGCUGUUAAAAUUAAUCCUCGCCGGCGGAAACGAAAGAUGAUUGAGGGAAUGCCGGUUGGUGGAACGGUUUCUCGAACUAAGAAACCUGCACCUCCACGUUCUACACCAGGCCACAGCCUUAAGGGAGCAAAUGUCACUGAAAAUGGGUUGACUCCUUCAAUAAACUGUAGGGCGCUUCCUUCUAAAGGACCAGUUUUGCCUCCUUUCCAUCCUGGGUGGGAGCGUUCGCCUCCUGCGAGGAUCAAGCCCCUGGAGCCGAGUUUGAAUGUAUCACCACGGAGUCCACUAUCUGACCUACCACCAAUAGCGCGACCCCAGAUUUUUGCCAUACGCCAGGCGACGUGCCCCAUGCUAUUUAGCGACCCGCUUAUCAAGUUACGAUACGAGACGACAAAUUACAGAAGGCCACCUAAGGAAUCUAGUGUAGGUGCGUACGACAAACCGCCUAGCCCUUCAGACCAACUUCGAUGGGAAUUGGCCCAACAGGAAGCCCUCGAGGGGGCCCAGGUACUCGAAGGACUAAAAUACUCGAGAUGA